AUGGAGGGCUAUCACCCAGAGCUGAAGGUGAUACUUGAUGAUGGAAACUACACGUACUGGAAGGCAGGACGAGAGCAAAUAUUCAAUAGCACUGGCACAGAUCAUGGUAGCUGCUCAAAGAAACAGUUUGAGCUGAUUCAGGGCUGUACUAAGUCAAAGGAGGCAUGGGAUAUCCUCCAGAUCCACUUUGAAGGGACAAGUCAAGUUCAAAGCUCAAGGAAGGAUCUAUUGGCAACUAAGUUUGAGAAUAUGAGGAUGGAGGAACAUGAGUCAAUUGCUGACUUUAGCUCGAAACUUAGCUCACUCGUUCAAGAGUCUCGUACCCUGGGAAAGGUAUACAAGGAUGCUAAGUUAGUGAAGAAACUUCUUCGGUGUCUUCCAGACAAAUUCACAGCAUACAAGGCUGGGCUAAGUGCAAACCCUAUCUUUGAGGACGAUCACUACGACGAGAUGGUGGGAAACUGCAGCUACACGAACUGGAACUAG